AUGGAACGCCGCCGCUCAGUCUCCAUCACCCGCCCUGAUCCUCCCAUCGUGAGCAGCUCUCCUUUCGCCUUGUUCCCUCAAUCUCGCUCAUCUCCUUCCUCCCUCGCCCAGAUUCGACCGAUACCAAUACGGCCAGGGUCUCCCAGCACGCCCUCAAAACCGACUCCCGGCCCACCAGCUCGCCCACCAUCGCCCGCCAGCUCUCGCACAUCCCCCACGCCGCCUCGCCCUCUCUCCCGUUCGCUCUCAGCUUCGUCUCGCGAACGACCGCCGAGUCUCGUUCGCCCGUCAUCCCUCACCGCCAGCAAACUUCCGCCUAGAGCCCCUUCGCCCGCGCGCGCCGUCACUUAUCCGCCCGCUCGACCGCCUCUUCCUUCUCCAGCAGGACCUUCCUACCUCUCUCGCUCGGCCUCGUCAACCCGCACCGAGCGCCCGCAUGUCUCGUUCAACCUGCCGCCGGCCGAACGUUCGCAGCCUCGCACGCCCAGUCCAGCGCCGCUCUCUCGCUCGCGUUCGUCGACUCUCCCGACUCCGCCUCCUUCACGCCCCGCCUCCAUUCCUCCAAUGACCUUCUCCGUCUUCUUCGACCCCUCUCGUCCGCCGCCCGUCCUCAAUCUAAAGGAAGGCGAGACCCUUCCUUCGAGCAACAUCUGCCGGUACCGAAACAAGAUCCGUUCUCCCAUGGCGUUCUGGGAGCAAGGGCUCGCGUAUAGGAUGCAACAGUCGAUUUGGGAAGCGGAGCGGUUACUGAAGGAGAGGUUUCCUGGACCGAGGGACUUGUACGAUGCGAGGGGAGCGAACGGGCUGUGGAUCGAGGCGGUGUAUGAGCCGGUGCUGGCGGUCUUGCGCAUGAUGGAGGGGACCUACCACUACUUUGUCGAAGCCGCCAAGGUCGCGAACGGCUACCUCCGAGCACCUCUACAGGACAAGCGCGCGGCGGAAGAAGUGCAACGAGGGUACCUCAAGGACGCCCUGCCGCUCCUCGAGAAGGGCGUCAACACCUCGGCUUACGUCGGCAAGUACUUCGUCGCCGCCAAACUCUCCCUCAAAGACGACCUCGCAAAGCAACACGCCGACGCCGCCUCGGCACAACGGCGCCUCGCGUCCGCCUGGCGCGCCGAAAACGCCGCGCCUCUCUCCGCCCUCCUGCGAAAAGAAGUCCAGCAAGUCUGGGAUCGGUCGUGCUGGUACCAGCUGCAGUGGAGGGCGAUCACGUUUGAGGAGGCGGCAAAGAAGAAUAAGGAUGCGCGGGUGUUGCUGGGGAGGGAGGUGGAAAGGACGCUGAAUGCGCUGAGGAGGCAAGGCGCGAUCUCAGGCCAAACCUACUUCCACUGGUUCGGCCGCCUCGAGCAGUACCUCCCGCCCGAGUCGCGCAUCAGGAUGCGCCAGGACUACGCGGGCCAACCGUUGCGGUGA